AUGCAAUCGAAUCUCAAUAAUCUUCAGUUCCAACAAAUGCAAAUACUGCAACAGCAGCAGCGAUUAGCCAAUAUGAUGCAACAGAAACAGCGAGGAUUUCCUCCACAGCAAUUACAGCAACAACAACAACAACAACAACAACAGACCUGGGAUGAGAACUCGCAGUUCAAUAAACAACAGCAAUUGUUAUUACAACAGCAACAGCAACAACAACAAGCUCGCGCGGCUCAAAAAGACAUGGGAAUGAUGCGAACUCAAUCUAUACCUCAACCCAACAUGAUACCACCCAAGCAACCUGUGCAGCAGCAGCAGCAGCAGCAGCAGCAGCAGCAGCCAGUUGUGCCUUCAGUGAGUUCUCUAGCAAUUCCUACACCUCCAGAGAAUGCCAUCUCGGUAAAAACAGAAGCACAACAAAAGAACCUGAUGCAGUAUCAAGGACGAGAUGACGCUUACCAAGAUACACUGAAUCUACAACACAAACGCCACAUCGAGCUCGCCCAGAGCAAGAAGAAAUCGAUAGAGAUAGCCAGCAUGGAACGAAGAACUCGAAUGCAGCACGGACCUGCUAUUGCGUUUGGACCUGGCUAUCGAGGCUAUGGAAACGGAAGAACAGGCACCACAAGUAGAAUUCGUUUUCCUCAAGACAACAAGAGAAGAAGUCGAACUGCAAAGAGAGAUAGAUUUCGAUUCCCAUUGGAAGCUUUGAAAGAGCAAUCUACCAAAGAAGAGGUUUUAGUGCCUAUUCGAAUUGAACUGGAACACGAGGGCUAUAAAUUACGAGACACAUUUACAUGGAAUCUGAAUGAGUCGCUAGUGACACCUGAACAGUUUGCAGAAGUGAUGUGUGAGGAUCUAAAGCUACCAUCUGCCGCCUUUUCAUACCAAAUUGCCAGAUUCAUUAGAGACCAAAUUGACGACUACAACCUAAAUGCAUCAAGUAUGAUGAAGGACGAUACUGAGGAAUCAAAUGAACAGAAACUGGAGACGUUGGAUCUCUUGGCACAUCCUGAGCAAACUGAGCAAACUGAGCAAGCUGAGCAAGCUGAUAAAGAAGAGGUUGAAGUGAAUCAUGAUAAACAAGGCGUGGAGCUGAGAACAUUGAUCAAAUUGGAUAUCACUGUGGGUAACUGGGAGUUGGUGGAUCAGUUUGAAUGGGACAUUGGAUACCCUCGUAAUUCGCCCGAAGAGUUUGCACACAAAUUGGCUACGGAUUUAGGACUGAGUGGAGAAUUCAAAACCGCUAUUGCUCACUCCAUCCGAGAGCAGAUCCAUGUGCAUAUCAAAUCACUGCUACUUGUGGGCUACGAAUUCAACAACAACUCCAUUAUCGACGAUGAGAUCAGAAAUAGCUUCCUGCCACAUUUACGAAACAUUAUUCGAGAAAACUCGUCUGUUGAGCGAUUCACACCAUCUAUGAUUGAAUUGUCUGAUGCUGCAGUGGCUAGGGCCGAGAAAGACAGAAUGAGAGAAGCCAGACGCAAGAGAAGAGGAACAAGAGCACGUCGAGGCAUCAUUUUGCCAGACAGAGAGCCACAAAAGACGCAUCGAACAGGAUUUGCAGUUCCACCUGAAAGCGAGCUGACAGACGAGCAGUUCUUGCAAAACCAAUUGAAUGAUCCACAGAACAACAAGCGAAGCGCAGCAUUAAAGGCACGCAUGAAUAUCGCAGCGGAGGCAGCCAAUGUGGGCGAUGAUUUAAUAGAGGAAGCGCCAGUUCAGCACCAUCACCAUCAGCAGCAACAACAAAUGCAAGGCAGCAUUUCUUUUGCCAAUACCAUCAAAAUGAACGAUUUCCAGCGACAGGUGAUGAAGCAAAACCAAAUGAAUGCUUGGCAACAACACCAACAGCAGCAAUUUCGUUGA